AUGCAUCGAUCUUCAGAUUUAUCAUGGGUCAUGCAAGGGGAGAGAGCUCUGGUUAAUGAGGCAGCCAUGAACUCGGCCCAAAUAGGUUCUAUUAGCAGCUGCGAUCUCCUAGAUGCAAAAAUCGGACAACAUCAACGUUGCGGAACAAAGCACUGCCCUGGCUGCGGACACAAACUCGAGAGAAAACCGGUAUGUGUAAUAGAUGUGCAUGUUACUUCGAGGGCAUCACCAGAGGAGUCCAGGAUUUCUUUUUGAUAUAUUUAUUACUUGAAUGUUAGUCUUUCUAGUAUAUUACAACAGAAAGUAGAGACUAAUAAGGCUGGUUUUGUGGAUUAUCUAUGUCGAUUAAAGGACUGGGUCGGGCUGCCGGCGGGAGUUAAAUUUGAUCCAACGGAUCAGGAACUGAUAGAGCACCUGGAAGCGAAGGUUAGCUCUGGGGAAUCGAAAUCUCACCCUCUGAUUGAUGAAUUCAUACCCACAAUUGAAGGAGAAGAUGGAAUUUGCUAUACCCAUCCUGAGAAGCUUCCUGGUCAGGAAACUCUCUCUCUCUCUCUCUCUCUCUCUCUCUCUCUCUCUCUCUCUCUCUCUCUCUCUCUCUCUCUCUCUCUCUCGCUCUCUCUCUCUCUGCACUAAAAUCUUGGCCCUAAUCUUAUUCUUAAAGGGGUCACAAAAGAUGGCUUGUGCAAGCACUUCUUCCACAGACCCUCCAAGGCCUACACAACGGGCACGAGGAAGCGAAGGAAAGUCCAGACUCUAGAAGGCGGCGAGACAAGGUGGCACAAGACAGGCAAGACAAGGCCGGUGAUGGCCAACGGUCGGCAGAAAGGAUGUAAGAAGAUACUCGUCCUCUACACCAACUUCGGGAAGCACAGGAAGCCCGAGAAAACAAACUGGGUCAUGCACCAGUAUCAUCUUGGGCAGCUGGAAGAGGAGAAGGAAGGGGAGCUCGUGGUGUCGAAGAUCUUCUACCAGACCCAACCGAGGCAGUGCAGUUGGACCGCGGACAGGGGUGCAGCCAUUGCUGCAGACGCCAUGGAGCAUGUGAGAGACAACGGCAGCGCGAGCUCCUCGUCAAAGGAAGCUGUUAACCAGAGAGAUGAAAUGUCACCCGGAGGCGGGAUCUCAGGAUACAGCGCCGCAGGUAUCCAGUGUAUGAACUCCGAUAGCUUUGGCUUUUCGCCGUUCGGGAAAAGCUUCGAUCAGGUAACUAUUGCUGGACCAUGUGAGAACUUAGUUUCGGUAUUCGUGCAUGCUUGUCGUAAAUAA